AUCAACACAGAAGAGAGGAUGGCAGAUUUGGAAAACAUGCUUCUUGAGGCAGCUGGAAGGACUAGUUCUCCGGUGAGCAAGCGGCCCAAGCCAAAGAACUCAAAGGCCAAACGUGAGGGUGGUGCUGGUGCAGCAUUCUCUGAUGGUGGAAGUGACUCCAGAGAUGAAAACUCUGAUGAGGGUGCAGGCAAGAAACCACAGAGGUAUUCAUCCCAUGUUCCUUUGAAGAAGAGAUUGGACAUGAACAAAAGAGGUAAUAAUAAUAAUGACCGUGGUGGGGCUGAGUUGGAGGAUGGAGUUCCUGAUCCAGAUAGAGAUGGUGGCAGCAGUGAAGAAUCUGAUGUUGGCAGCGAUCUCUACAAGGACGAAGACGACAAGCAGAAGCUUGCAAAUAUGACAGAACUUGAAAGAGAGAUGAUUUUGUCUGAUAGAGCAACCAAGAAAUGUGAAAAGGAAUUCAAGAAAAAAAUGAGAGUGAAGAGGGAAAACAAAAAAGCAAAUGCAAAGACUACUACUACUAAUACUACUACUGCAAAUUCAUCUCAUCAUCCUUCUUCUGUCAAGGUUCGUUCCUCGGCUAGACAUGCUGAAAGGACGGCUUCAAAGGGAGACGUACUAAGCGAAUUGCGCGCAAAAAGGAAGAAGCAACAAGUCUUAGAACCUCGUGAUAAAUUGCGAAAUGCUUUAGGAACAGGCUCAAGUAGCAAGCAGAAACCCGGAAUCACAGCAAGUCCAAGUAGCUCUAGUCAGAGUGAGAGUGCUUUUCGGUCAGACAGCGAAAGAGACUCGUCUGAUGAUGGUGGAUUGGGUGACAGUGAUGAUGACAAGAGCAUGCAUGAAUCGAAGAUGCCAACAUUUGAGAACAUAAGGGACAUCACCAUUAGGAGGUCGAAGCUUGUGAAGUGGUUGAAUGAACCAUUUUUUGAUGAGUUAAUUGUUGGCUGUUUUGUGAGAAUUGGCAUAGGGAAGUUAGAAAAUGUACCUGUCUAUAGGCUCUGCAUUGUCCAGAGAGUUGAUGGGGGUGACCCAAAUAAGCAUUACAAGGUAGAGAAUAGAGUCACUCACAAGUACCUAGUUUGUGUGUGGGGCAGUGAUAACUCUGCUAAAAAGUUUCAGAUGGCUGUAGUUUCAGAUUCUGCACCAUUAGAGAAAGAGUUCAGACAGUGGGUUAGAGAACAUGAGAGAACUUGCAGCCAGAUGCCAAGUAAGAUGAGUGUGUUGGAGAAGAAGGAGGCCAUAAGAAGAACUAGCAAGUAUGUUUAUUCAGCUGCCACAGUGAAGCAGAUGCUAGAGGAGAAAAAAUCUGUUCCAUCUAGGCCACUGAAUGUUGCAGUGGAGAAGGAUCGGUUGAAGAACCUGUUGGAGGUAGCAAAAAGUAAGAAUGAUGAGGCAGAGAUGGAUAGGAUCUUGAAAAAGCUUGUGGAAUUGGAAGCAUCUCGUAGAACCUGGGAGAAUGAUGCCAAGGCUGUGAGGCUGGCUGAGAUGAACAGGAAGAACAGGGUUGAGAACUUCAAGAUGUUGUCUGAACAAAAACAGUUCAAUACAAAUUUGAAGGCUGGAGAGGAAGGCGUUGAUCCCUUUUCGAGGAGGUGGACGAGGUCGAGGAAUUACUAUGGGAAAGAAGCUGAGAAGAAUGAAGAUAAAAGAGAAAAGGAUGGUGAAGUUAGUAAGGUGGGAGAAAAAGAACAAGAAAAAGGAGGUGUUACAACAAAGGUUGGUGUUGAAGUCACAGAAUUGGCAUUGCAAGCUGCAGCUAAUGCAGGGAAGUUGAUUGAUACCAAUGCUCCUGUAGAUGGUGGAACAGAAUUACAUAUGCUGCAUGAUUUUGACUUGCCUAUCUCUUUGGCCGAACUCAAGAGUUUUGGGGGACCACAGGGACUCAAAAAUGGGUUUCUGGCAAGGAAACAAAAAAUAGAAGCAACAGUUGGGUGCCAGGUUUCUGAGAAGGAUGGGAGUAGGCAUGCUCUUACAUUAUCUAUCAGUGACUACAAGAGAAGAAGAGGACUUCUGUGAAGUUUGGAAAUUCCGUUU